AUGAGCGUGGCGAAGAAGGCAAUGGAGUUGUAUAUGGGAGAAAAAGGUUUGCUGUUUCGGCUCAACAAAUUUGCUUAUGCUUCCAUUUUUAUCAUGAUUGGAGCUCCACAAAUUCUUCAUGAUCGUUGCAAAACAGGGUUCUCUUGGCUGAGGUCAAAGAUUCAAUUGACUGUUAUUGUCCUAAAAUGUCGACUCACAAGACUUUUCAGAAUCAAGAAGGAUCUCGCAAAGAAGAUGAAGCAGAAUAGGGCAAUCUCGCAAUGGAUCUGCUUGAGAAUCAACAACACAUUUAGAUACAAUGCAAAGCGCAGACACUGCCAUCGCACCAAGCUAGGGUUUUGAGGUGCUUUCGAAUUGUAACAUCAAUGUUCAUUUACUUUGAUUUUUAGGGCGUGAAGCUUCAGAAGUCAUUAUAGGUUGGUGGGGGGUUUUUGGAUCUUAAAGAAGAGAGGUCUGGAAACUCACGGUUGAAAGAGAUACAUUGAGUAGAUUGGUGGGGUUUUGGAGACGUUUUUGAUUCAAAAACAACAUAUGAACUUCAUCUCCUCUGAUUAUGGCAAAAGAUUGUGGGUUACACAAAUGGAUUUUUUUUUUCCCCUUCUUUUUCUUAUAACUUUUUCAUCUCUAUUGGAUGGAUUUCAAGUGAGCAGUCUACUCCGGCGAUCCACUCUAGUGGACAUUGGCUGCUGUGGUAACACUCACAGUGAUUCACGACAUAUUCAAUAUGAAAAUCCCACCUCAAACAACAUCGAUCUAAAUACCCACAAUAGUUGCAGCUCUUGAAAGCUACCAAAAUGCAUCUAGGGUAAUGUCAUGGAGAUUACACUCGCUAUGGGUUUGUGCAAACACAUUUUGUAUCAUCUAAUUUAUUGGAGGCAUUACAUAGCUCGGCUAAGGAGGUUGUAUAAAUCUCUGAAGUUCAUUCAUGGUCGUGGAAAGUACACCAGAUGAGCCAUGAUCAACUGUUAGCAAAGUGAUUGAUUCAAGAGAAGAGAAGCCUUACAAGUGGUAUCAGAGUCUGCUUCAACCUGGGGCGCACGAGAGUGAUGGCUCAAAAGAUGAUGGAGGAAAGAAUGGAAAAGAAUGAAAAGGAGAUCUCCAAAAUGAAGGGAAUGCUAAUGGGCUUAUGUAAGAGUAUUGAGAAACUGGCUGAAGAAAUAAGGGAGAGCAACACCAUUCGCAAGGUUGAAGAAUCUGGGAUCACGGAUGCUCUUUGAAUGAAACUGAAAGGGAAGAUAGAAGAAGUCGACUCACCUUCUCAUACCACGAUGGGAGGACUUGACAAGAGCAAGUAUAAGAGGUUAGAAAUACUGGUGUUCACAGGGGAAAAUUCGGAGUCAUGGGCCUACAGAGCAGAACAUUACUUUGAAAUCCAUGAGUUGGCCGAUCCGGAGAAGGUAAAGAUAGUUGUGAUUAGCUUUGGACCAAACGAGGUCGACUGGUUUUGUUGGACCAAACCAUGUUCUAAAGAAAUAUCUUUAAGAUAAAGACAUGUUUUCUAUGCUUUUUAAAGAAAGUCAUUGUAUGACUAGUUUUGCUUGAAACUCGAUACCGAAGGACAUUUGAGAAGGUAUCCGACCAACUCAAUACCGAAGGACAUUUGAGAAAGUAUCCGAGUAGCUCGAUACUAAGGAAAUUUUGAGAAGGUAUCUGAGCAAAUAUACCUAAGGCAUGAUGGUACUUCUUUUACAUAAGAAUCAGUUUUCUUGUCACUCACUGGGCUAGCAAACUCACCCCAUUUUUCAAAUGUUUUCUUCUCAGGUAGCGAAAUGUGAGAAGUUCCAGGGUGCUGCUAAGGUGAUGGUCUGCCACAACACUUUCGAAGGGUUUAAAGAAUGGUUGUUGUAAACUUUGUAAUUAAGUCUUGGAGUUGUAUGAAUAUUACAUUGUUGUAAUAUAAAAUAGGCCUACUUAAUCAGUUGUUGUUAUCUCCUUGACUUAAAGUUCAUUGAGUAUAGUAAAGAGGUUCAGUUGGACAAUAGGUAUCACAAAAGGGUGGUAUCUGUGGUCCCUCAUGCCUCUCCUCGGGCUCAGGAGUGCGGGCUCGGGGCGGGGUAUGACAGGAUGCAUGUUGAUUAAUGUAUGCAAUUGAUGGAGAGGGAAGGUUUGCAUGGUUGCAAGCCUAUGUGUUGAGGAAAGGUUGAAGCAAAUAGCUUAAUCACCAGCUAGUGGGCUAAGUGGCCUUAUUAGAGGCUUUAAACAAGAAUUAGAAGGACAUGUGUCACCCUAAUGAACAAGUUGAUCAUACGGCCUCUAGGAUAAAAGGAAAGGUUGGAAUGGAGAGCUCGGUUUGUGCAAUUUACUCGUGCCAAAGGGGGGAGUUGCUGCCAAACCAAAGCUUGAUCAGUGCUGAAGUUGAUCUGGGGUAGCCAAGAGGAAAUCCCCACGAAGUCGAGUUGAAAGCUGAAGAGUUCCACAAGUGUUCAAGGCUUUCGAAUCACUCGAGUAAUCUAGAAAAAUGGAAAGAUUUCAAGCUUAUUAAGAGGAACUAGAGGCUGAAAUUUUGAGGUAAGGUAGUUAAGAUGUUUAGAAACAAGUUCUUAGAAGGAAGUUUUGUGAGAUGAGGCCUGGAAAUUAAGUUAUUUAGACUAGAAGUUGAAUCUGGAAUGUUGAUAGGUUAAACAAGCAAGCAAUUGCAUCUCAAGUAUAAGUACGCAGCUGGCCGGCUAAGAUGUGUGUGGACAGGCGUGCACAUUGAUGAAGGGCAUGCGCUAGUGUAACAGCUGUUGACUAAGAAGAGUGUGCAAUGUAAGCAAGAGGCUACGAGCGAUAGUUGAGGUGCACCGAGGGAUGCAGUCACAAGCGCUCGACGCAUAGGCAGGGUGGGCGCAUUCUAGUGCCAGUAAGCAUCCAUGUGUGCGUGCUUUCACCUAUCAACCAAGUUGUAAGGUAACAUCUGGUUAAAUGGUGGUGUGUUGAUUUGCCUAAGUAUUGAAGAUGUGCUUAGCUAAGCUAUGCGUUGAGGAGUUAUUAAGUUUGGUGUUAAGCUUGAAUAUAUAAGUUAAGCUCAAAAGGGAGCUAGUGACAUUAACCUGAAGGGAUCGAAUCCUGCAGCGAAAGCGUUUUGUGAGAACGCCUUGCAUCCCGCAAUUUGAUUUUUACAUAAACAAAUUUAUUAUACUAAAUCAGAAUAUAAACAUAUAAAUUAGCAUGCUUUGGGAAAAGAUUAGAACCAUUCUUACCUUUGUAGAUUCUCAAGUUCCAAGAACGAUGCUCUCGAAGUUCCAACGAACGACUCCUUAUAUGAUCUUGAUCACGAAUGAUUUAUUGAACAAUCUCGAACGCAACUACGAGAGUAACCUCGUUAUUCUCUAGGAUUCCAAUAGAAGGAUAGGUGGUAUCUAACUAUUGGGAUGGGGAGAGGAGAAAAUGCUUUUGGAGAGUAGAGAGGAUUCUCUUUGUAGUUUAGGAAAAUUUUUGGACAAUAAUGCUUGUGUGUUGUGUAUUGUCUGUGUAUCUCAAAUGGGCCAUAG